AACUUUUUCAUUUUAUAAAAUAAUUAAAAAAAAUCUGCAUUUCAUUUGAUUACAAGUUGUAAAAUUUCCCAUCCCUAAGAUUGAAAUUCAUUAAUCAUUUGUGUUUGAUUAUUUAAUUAUUAGAAAUUAAUCUUUGUUUUUAGGUUCCUUGAUAUUUUCAAGAAGAAGAAAGAAAAAGGAUGAGGAUUGAUAAGAAGUCUCUCUCAUAUCAAUAUCAAUCCAAUCCAAUUACAAGAAAGACAGCUAAACCAAUCCAAUCCAUACACGACACCCACAAAACAACACAAAACACUUUCGUCAAAUUCAACUCUUAAUUCUCCCCCAAAAUUCCAACUUUUGUUCCAAUUUCAAACCCUUCAAUUUCAAACCCCGCAUAGAUUUCAUCCUUUCCCAACUGGGUUUUGAAAAAGAUCUGAUUUUGUUUAUACUUUAACGAACCCAAUGAAUUUCAGAAACUUGGAAGAUUUCUGGGCUUUUUAUGUGAGUCAACAUUCGAAACGAGCUACGAGGCAUUGGCACUUUGUGGGAACGCUUUUGAGUAUUUUGUUCUUGGUGUUUUCGGUUUUCUUCAGUUGGUGGUUUUUGUUCUUUGUUCCUUUAUCUGGGUAUGGAUGUGCUUGGUAUAGUCAUUUCUUUGUUGAGAAGAAUGUUCCUGCUACUUUUGGAAACCCCUUUUGGUCAUUUGUUUGUGAUUACAAAAUGUUUGGGUUGAUGAUUACGGGAAAAAUGGAUAGAGAGAUCAAGAGGCUUGGGAAAAGACCUGUGUUGCAAGUGUUUUGAUUUGUGUGUGUUUGCUUGAUCCUUGUUGUUUGAGACACAGGUUUGUGACUUUGAAGUGUUACAUACCAAUGCCAAUACAGGAAGGCUUGAAAUGCAGAUGGAUUCAUAUGUGGCUGUGCAAUGAGAACGAUGGUGUUGUAUAGUGUUCAAAAUUUUAUAGUAUGAUAUGAAUCAUAACACCACUUGAAAUUGUAACAAAAGAGUAAUCUUUUUAUGGUGUGUUCUGUCUAAUGCAAUACAUAGCUUACCCUUA